GACGUUGUUCAGGGGUGUGGGGUAGAUGUUGUUCAGGGUGUGGGGGAGUGGUUGUUCAGGGUGUGGGGGGGAGAUGUUGUUCAGGGUGUGGGCGGAGACGUUCAGGGUGUGGGGGGAGUUGUUCAGGGGUGUGGGGGAGACGUUGUUUGGGGGGGUGUGGGGGAGAGGUUCAGGGGUGUGGGGGGAGACAUUGUUCAGGGGUGUGGGGGAGAUGUUGUUCAGGGGGUGUGGGGGUGAUGUUGUUCAGGGUGUGGGGGAGUGGUUGUUCAGGGUGUGGGGGGGAGAUGUUGUUCAGGGUGUGGGGGGGAGACGUUGUUCAGGGGUGUGGGGGGAGACAUUGUUCAGGGGUGUGGGGGGAGACAUUGUUCAGUGUGUGUGGGGGAGUGGUUGUUCAGGGUGUGUGGGGGGGAGUGGUUGUUCAGGGUGUGGGGGGAGUGGUUGUUCAGGGUGUGGGGGGUGACGUUGUUCAGGGUGUGUGGUGGAGACGUUGUUCAGGGGUGUGUGGGGGAGAUGUUGUUCAGGGGUGUGUGGGGGAGACGUUGUUCAGUGUGUGGGGGGAGACGUUGUUCAGGGGUGUGGGGGAGAUGUUGAGGGGUGUGGGGGAGACGUUGUUCAGGGUGUGGGGGGAGACGUUGUUCAGGGUGUGGGGGGAGACGUUGUUCAGGGUGUGGGGGGAGUUGUUCAGGGGUGUGGGGGAGACGUUGUUUGGGGGUGUGUGGGGGAGAGGUUCAGGGGUGUGGGGGGAGACAUUGUUCAGGGUGUGUGGGGGAGAUGUUGUUCAGGGUGUGGUGGGAGACGUUGUUCAGGGUGUGGGGGGAGACGUUGUUCAGGGUGUGUGGUGGAGACGUUGUUCAGGGGUGUGUGGGGGAGACGUUGUUCAGUGUGUGGGGGGAGACGUUGUUCAGGGGUGUGUGGGGGGAUGUUGUUCAGGGUGUGUGGGGGAGAUGUUGUUCAGGAUGUGGGGGGGAGUUGUUGUUUAGGGUGUGGGGGAGACGUUGUUCAGGGGUGUGGGGGGAGACAUUGUUUGGGGGUGUGUGGGGGAGAGGUUCAGGGGUGUGGGGGGACACAUUGUUCAGGGGUGUGGGGGAGAUGUUGUUCAGUGUGUGUGGGGGAGAUGUUGUUCAGGGUGUGGGAGGGAGUUGUUCAGGGGUGUGGGGGAGAUGUUGUUCAGGAUGUGGGGGGGUGUUGUUGUUCAGGUGUGUGUGGGGGAGAUGUUGUUCAGUGUGUGGGGGAUACGUUGUUCAGGGGUGUGGGGGGAGACGUUGUUCAGGGUGUGGGGGAGAGGUUGUUCAGGGUGUGUGGUGGAGAUGUUGUUCAGUGUGUGGGGGAGAUGUUGUUGAGGGGUGUGGGGGAGAUGUUGUUCAGGGUGUGGGGGGAGACGUUGUUCAGGGGUGUGUGGGGGAGACGUUGUUCAGUGUGUGGGGGGAGAUGUUGUUUAGGGGUGUGGGGGAGACGUUGUUCAGUGGGUGUGGGGGAGACGUUGUUCAGGGGUGUGGGGGGGAAACGUUAUUCAGGGGUGUGGGGUAGACGUUGUUCAGGGUGUGGGGGGAGUGGUUGUUCAAGGUGUGUGGGGGUGUUGUUGUUCAGGGUGUGGGUGGGAGAUGUUGUUCAGGGUGUGGGGGGGAGUUGUUCAGGGGUGUGGGGGAGAUGUUGUUCAGGGGUGUGGGGGAGAUGUUCAAGGGUGUGGGGGGAGACAUUGUUCCGGGGUGUGUUGGGGAGACGUUGUUCGGGGUGUGGGGGGAGACGUUGUUCGGGGUGUGGGGGGAGAUGUUGUUCAGGGUGUGUUGGGGAGACGUUGUUCAGGGUGUGUGGGGGAGACGUUGUACAGUGUGUGGGGGGAGACGUUGCUCAGGGUGUGGGGGGGGAGUGGUUGUUCAGGGUGUGGGGGGAGUGGUUGUUCAGGGUGUGGGGGGAGAGGUUGUUCAGGGGUGUGGGGGGAGAUGUUGUUCAGGGUGUGGGGGAGUGGUUGUUCAGGGUGUGGGGGGGAGAUGUUGUUCAGGGUGUGGGGGGGAGACGUUGUUCAGGGGUGUGGGGGGAGACAUUGUUCAGGGGUGUGGGGGGAGACAUUGUUCAGUGUGUGUGGGGGAGUGGUUGUUCAGGGUGUGUGGGGGGGAGUGGUUGUUCAGGGUGUGGGGGGAGUGGUUGUUCAGGGUGUGGGGGGAGUUGUUGUUCAGGGUGUGGUGGGAGACGUUGUUCAGGGUGUGGGGGGAGACGUUGUUCAGGGUGUGUGGUGGAGACGUUGUUCAGGGGUGUGUGGGGGAGAUGUUGUUCAGGGGUGUGUGGGGGAGACGUUGUUCAGUGUGUGGGGGGAGACGUUGUUCAGGGGUGUGGGGGAGAUGUUGAGGGGUGUGGGGGAGAUGUUGUUCAGGGUGUGGGGGGAGACGUUGUUCAGGGUGUGGGGGGAGUUGUUCAGGGGUGUGGGGGAGACGUUGUUUGGGGGUGUGUGGGGGAGAGGUUCAGGGGUGUGGGGGGAGACAUUGUUCAGGGUGUGUGGGGGAGAUGUUGUUCAGGGUGUGGGGGGAGACGUUGUUCAGGGUGUGGGGGGAGUUGUUCAGGGGUGUGGGGGAGACGUUGUUUGGGGGUGUGUGGGGGAGAGGUUCAGGGGUGUGGGGGGAGACGUUGUUCAGGGGUGUGGGGGAGAGGUUGUUCAGGGAGUGUGGGUGAGAUGUUGUUCAGUGUGUGUGGGGGAGAUGUUGAGGGGUGUGGGCGAGAUGUUGUUCAGGGUGUGGGGGAGUGGUUGUUAAGGGUGUGGGGGGGUAGAUGUUGUUCAGGGUGUGGGGGGGAGACGUUGUUCAGGGGUGUGGGGGGAGACAUUGUUCAGGGUGUGUGGGGGAGUGGUUGUUCAGGGUGUGUGGGGGAGUGGUUGUUCAGGGUGUGGGGGGAGACGUUGUUCAGGGUGUGGGGGGAGUUGUUCAGGGGUGUGGGGGAGACGUUGUUUGGGGGUGUGUGGGGGAGAGGUUCAGGGGUGUGGGGGAAGACGUUGUUCAGGGUGUGUGGGGGAGACGUUGUUCAGUGUGUGGGGGGGAGAUGUUGUUCAGGGGUGUGGGGGAGACGUUGUUCAGGGGUGUGGGGUAGAUGUUGUUCAGGGUGUGGGGGAGUGGUUGUUCAGGGUGUGGGGGGGAGAUGUUGUUCAGGGUGUGGGCGGAGACGUUCAGGGUGUGGGGGGAGUUGUUCAGGGGUGUGGGGGAGACGUUGUUUGGGGGGGUGUGGGGGAGAGGUUCAGGGGUGUGGGGGGAGACAUUGUUCAGGGGUGUGGGGGAGAUGUUGUUCAGGGGGUGUGGGGGUGAUGUUGUUCAGGGUGUGGGGGAGUGGUUGUUCAGGGUGUGGGGGGGAGAUGUUGUUCAGGGUGUGGGGGGGAGACGUUGUUCAGGGGUGUGGGGGGAGACAUUGUUCAGGGGUGUGGGGGGAGACAUUGUUCAGUGUGUGUGGGGGAGUGGUUGUUCAGGGUGUGUGGGGGGGAGUGGUUGUUCAGUGUGUGUGGGGGAGUGGUUGUUCAGGGUGUGUGGGGGGGAGUGGUUGUUCAGGGUGUGGGGGGAGUGGUUGUUCAGGGUGUGGGGGAGUUGUUGUUCAGGGUGUGGUGGGAGACGUUGUUCAGGGUGUGGGGGGAGACGUUGUUCAGGGUGUGUGGUGGAGACGUUGUUCAGGGGUGUGUGGGGGAGAUGUUGUUCAGGGGUGUGUGGGGGAGACGUUGUUCAGUGUGUGGGGGGAGACGUUGUUCAGGGGUGUGGGGGAGAUGUUGAGGGGUGUGGGGGAGAUGUUGUUCAGGGUGUGGGGGGAGACGUUGUUCAGGGUGUGGGGGGAGUUGUUCAGGGGUGUGGGGGAGACGUUGUUUGGGGGUGUGUGGGGGAGAGGUUCAGGGGUGUGGGGGGAGACAUUGUUCAGGGUGUGUGGGGGAGAUGUUGUUCAGGGUGU